AGCGCGAGCGAAGAUGUAGCAAAAAUUCAAGCAAAAAAAUUUGAAGUUUGAGCGAAGCAUCAGCGGAAAGAAAAUUUCCCACAGCUAGCGCUCAAAGUAGACCACCCGUCUCGUCACCAGCUUUGCUAGUAAGCUGUGGUCUGGGAAGAUUUUCGUGCUGGAAAACCGGUUCUUCUAAAACAUCAUCACCAUGAACUUCUUCGAGUCUCUCGGCGAGUCACUGCAGCUGACCCACGCGGUGAAGCGUGAAGACCUGCGCCCGGGCGACCACAUUUACGUCUACCGGAUGAUGUUCACCUACAGCCGUAUGCAAGGCAAAUUUCCUUUACACGACGUUCGAUAUGCAUCACACAUUUCGCCACUUGAGAGCUGCAUGUUGCGACUUGUCAUGCUGAAAAGGAUUAGCUUUAGUGUAGCCACGAAAAGGUUUGUCAUGCAGCAGAUGCCGCAAAUGUUGUGCGUGUAUAAGGAAAUAAUUUGCUUUCGAUAAGCCACCACGGCAUCGUAGUCGCAGUUGUUCAACAGCAACAGGUAUCAAAUGUAAAAAUGUCUGGGUCUGGAAUGUUGGAACUUGUAAUGCUAACUUUGGACUCUAGAAAAAUCUGUAUUGCAUGACCAGCAAGAGGAGUCCAGUUUUUGCUACGCGGGGAGGCCAUUUGUCAUGCGGAAUACGCAUCAAGAAGCACUCAGAAAACCAGUGAUGCCUGGGAAUACAUCACAGACGUCACAGGCCAUGUAAAAAUCUGCAUGACAAGUUCGCAUCCUUCCAGACCCAGACAUUUUUACAGUUGAUAACAGGAGGAACAAGGCGCGCCUCCGCCUGAAGCUGACGUUGGUGUUGAUGCCAGAUCAACAUCAUCUACUUCUGCAACCGCCGCCGUGUCUGCGUCGGCUAAACAAACGAGACCUGAAGUGUACGUGGUCCAUUUCAGCUAUAAAGUGCAAAAGUGUCUGGGUCUGGAAGAUUGCCAGGUUUGUCAUGCAUAUUUUGCAUGAUCCAUGUCGUCUGGAAUGCAGGACCUAGCAUGACAGAUUCUGUGAGAUCCCUAUCAUGCCUAUCCUGCUUGAGAAACUUCCUCUCAACUUGGUCAAUAGUGGACGACUUUUGGCAUUCAUGCAACACAGAUUUUUGCACGAUCCAGAAUUAGCGUUACAAGUUCCAACCUUCAGACCCAGACAUAUUUGCAAUGCAUAUCAGCAUGGACGGUGUAAAGCUGGACACGCUGAAAGACUUCAUUUGCGGCGGAUUGUUUUACAGCGGAAACAGCGAGGGUACAACUUCAUCGGCCACGAAGAUAAACAAAAAGAAGGAGAAGAAGAGAAAAAAAGCGGCAGCGCUUCGGGCGGUCAAUAGCUCUCCGGAGUUGAUGUCGCCUACUUCCGCAUCUUCAUCGAGACAUGUGGAGGCAGUUGCAGGGCCAACUGGUCGUAGCGCAGGAGGAGGAGCGGCGAAAGAAGCAGAUGUCGUACCAGCGUCAGAUGAGAAUCAAUCAGAUCAACAAGACCUGCUUCAAAACACCGACGAGUUCGCGGACCACAAUUUGAUCGACGAGGUUCUGAUCGGCACUACCAUUCGUCGUGUGAAAUACAAUAUGCAGUGCAAAAGUAUCGUACUCGUAUAAAGGCAUUACAAAUCUCCUCAGCAUGAGAAAUAAAAUUUGUAAUGCUGAUUUGCCGUGAGAAGAAGAUUUGUAAUGCAUGAUUGCAAGAAUACGAGUGCGAUACUUUAACUUUUGCACAGGAUACACAACGCCGGUACCAUCGAAUCCUUCAUGAAGCGUAUGGGUGUGUCAGAAUCGAAAUUGAGAAAGUUGAAAUGAUAAUGAUUUGUAAUGCAUAAAAUGCAUAGCGCGAAAUACGUGUGUUGCAGGGCAGGCAAGCGAGGCCGAUUGUGAGCCUGUUUGGGGUUAGAGCUCGAGCUGCUAGAGUAGCAUGAGAGAAUCUGUCUUCUGUGCCUCAACAGCAUUACAAACUGGAUUUCGGCACCACCAAAAUUUGUCUUGCGCCACUUAGCAACUGGGUUCCAACUGGCAUCCAUUUUAUGCAUGACAACUUUGUCGAUUUCAAACCUGACGCUUCCAUAAAGCGCUCCGGCACAGUUUCCGACAGAAAAAGGUCCCCGUGGUUCGUCACUGUUUUACGGGCGGUAAGCAUGGUCGAGGUGACACCGGAGAUGAAGGAGUUAGAGUACGAUUUUUUGGAAAAAAACUGCGAGUUGUUUUGCGAAUAUUGUUAUCCUGUGCAAAAGUAUCGUACUCGUACUGCAAUAAUGCAUCGCAAAUCUUUCUCUUCAGGGAAAUCAGCAUUACAAAUUUUAUCCCACAUGCUGCGGAAAUUUGUAAUGCAUUUAUACGAGUACGAUACUUCUGCAAUUCAUAACUGUGCCUGCGGGCCGCCUGAAAAUGCCGUGGUGGAGGAGGAAGAUAUGCCGGAAGGUGGGUUAUAUGCAUUGCAAGUGUACUAUCGCACUCGUACUAAUUGCAACUGUGCACGACAAAUCUUGUCCUUAAGGUAAAACAGCAUGACAAAGUCCAGUUCUCAUGCUGAGAAAAUUUGUAGUGCAUUUAUACGGGUGCGAUACUUUUGCAGAGAAUAGGUUGAGGAGCAGGUUAGAGGAGGUGAUGGAAAAAGACCAUCAAAGUGGCGAAGGCGAUCGCGACAGUGACUGUUUGCAGCCUGGUUGUACUAGCAGUCACAUCACGCCGAGAUCAAACGCCGUGGACAACAUGAAGAAUAUGCCCCAGUCCUUAGUGCCCGUGGGCACAACCGGUCCGCUCAUGUUGCUCUCCGCAAAUGGGGAAGAUACGAGUGGUACUACCAGCACCGCUAAUGCAGGCGGGAUUGAGGCGCUGGCAAACAAUAAUUCCGAAGUAGGAGCUCUACCAGAUGCAGAAGCAACUGCCGGUGCGAGGACCCAGCCAACUACCGAAACAUCAACCUCUAGCACAGCGACAUCCACCGCCAGACGAUCCGGGCCUCUGUUCAAUUUCGCGGCGGGCUACGAGAUGCUGUUUUCAUCUUCAAAAAACAAAGAUGCCGAAAACAAAAACGAAGAGGAGACUCUCGCGGGAAAGAACUACAAAGAUGCAGACGCAGGUCCUCUGCCGUCACAAAAGAACACGACGAGCACUACAACAGAAGUGGACCGCGCUUCUAAAGUAGAACAAAUGGCCAUCCAGCGGCGGAAAGUUCGCUUUCGCGAGUGGAAGCAGCGGUCGCAACAGACGAAAACGGAAUCCAUUCUGAAAACUGCGGCGAUCGGUGGCGCAACCGUCGCUGCAAUCGGCGUUGCCGGCGUGGAGUUACUCGGAAUGGGGAUGGUGGUCGGGCUCUUAGCCGGGGCGGGAGAGGCGCUGAAAGGCGGGAACAAGGAGACAGAGGCGGAGAAGGCGAAAGAGAAGCCCGCGGCGCUGGAGGGUGGUAGUGCAAGUGCUACUGUUAGAGACAAUGACGCCAGCAGUCCGAAGACGAAGCAGCGGAGGAAAAAAGCGAGCUCGUGGGACAACUACGAUUUGGCUGAUAGCGAAGAAAUAUGCAACAUUGCAAAAAAUAUGUCUGGGUUUGGAAAAAUCAAUGCCAAGUUUGUCAUGCUGUGCUAGCAUGAGUGUCAAGUCUGUCAUGCGAGGUACCCAAAGCCGCCACUUUUGUGUCAUGCAAAAACCCAGUUUCUCAUGCAGAAUAGGCAACACCUACACCUAGGUAGCGACUCAAAAACCUGUCAUGCUGAGCCGUCAUUUCUGGCGCUCUCGUGAUUCGCCAACCAGCAUCACAAGUUUCCAGACCGAGACAUAUUUGCAUUUCAUAAGAAAGUGAAGAGUGCGUGCUGGUCGAGGAGGACAUUGAUCUGCGAGUUGCCGUAUCAAAUGUAAAAAUGUCUGGGUCUGGAAACUUGUGAUGCUGGGUGGCGUCUCAUGAUGAGGCCACAAGUGCUGGCUCAGCAUGACAAGUUUCUGAGCUUCUAGGUGUUGCCGAUUCCGCAUGACAAACUGCGCUUCUGCAUCACAGAAAAACUACGGAGCUCUUGAGCAACGUGCAUGAGAGAUUUAAGAGUCAUGCCAGACAAGCAUGACAAACAUGCACUCUUCCAGACCCAGACACUUUUACACUUGAUAUGCCGGAACGAUGAACGCACCAGCUUCCUCAAGUUCCAACUCGAGAAAAUCUCCGUUCGGCGCAGCCACGACUAGCAGCAGUGCGGGAAUAAACAAGAAGAACCUUGAUCAUGACGAGGCCAAGAAUGGUCGUGCACAAGAUGCGCGGCUUACUUCGAAGAAAACAAGUAAACUGAAGACAAGGGAGAAAGACCGACUUUUGAAUAAUCCGGAGAGUCCGAUCCUUCUAGAAAGUCCGAGGUCCGAUGAAGCUGCUAAAGAUACUAGCAACACUCCCUUGUCUAGCAGGAGCAACACCCCAAGAUCGAAAGCGGAUAGGGAGAAGAGACGACAAUAUGCAAUGCAAAAGUAUGGUACUCGUAUAAAUACAUUACAAAUUUCCUCAGCAUGAGAAAUGAAAUUAGGAUUUGCUUUAAGAAAAAAAUUUGUAAUGCAUGACUGCAAUUACUACGAGUGCGAUACUUUUGCACAGGAUCGACAAGAGAAGAAGUUGAGGAAGGACGAGCGGACUAGGGGAAAAAUUGCGCCGGCGGGAACAUCAAAUAAAGACAGCCCUGCUCGUAGUCGUAGUCCCGCAACUUCUUGUUCCCCAGCCGCAGCUCCUGAAGAUGAGACAAGCACUUAUCAUAGGGAAAAAUCCCCCUCCCCAUAUUGAGCAGGUAUGCUUACGAAAAUUUGUGUUGCUGAUUUGAGGUCACAAACCGCAUUUGUCGCGCAAGAAGGCAAGGGCAGAGGCUUCCGCCCCAUUAUGGAAGCGAUUUGCCAUGCUGUUGGGCCUAAAGGGGAGCCGUUUGCCACGCUGAACAACUAGGCCCGUACGCCCCUACGUCGCCUGGGAAUCUGGCCGCGGUGCCUCUCUGCAAUACAAGGCUGGUUUGUGUACACAAAUCGAGCAUCAGAAAUUCCGUUUUGAUAUGGGGAGGGGGGAUUUUUCCUCUUAAUAACACUCCUGCCUUCACCACCGCCGACUGCCUCCGCGCGCUCUGGCGCGAACUAUCAAUUGCAAAAGUAUCGCACUCGUAGUAAUCGCAGUUAUGCAUUACAAAUCUAGUUGGUUAGGUAAAUCCGCACUACAAAUUUAAUUUGUAAUGCUGAGCUAAUUUGUAUUGCGAUUUGUACUAGUGCGAUGCUUUUGCAGUGCAUACGAACUGGGGAUUGGCAACAUCGAUUUGAUGUUGACGGACGUCGAAGCUGUCGUGUUAGCGGACAUGCUGGCCGAGGCUUGCGAGCCCGAUUCGGCGUACGUGACUUCAGCCUCUACUUCUGCGACGACGAACAAACGACCUUUGUCAUCUAUGGAUGUGCCAGGAUCGAAAUCGCCAAAGUUGAAACAGUUUGUCAUGCAUGAUACCGAUACCAGUCGGAUGCCCACUUAUCAAGCGGCGGAUGAUAAAUUUUCCGAGCACCGGAGCAAUCCACUUUGUCAUGCUGCUUGGGCACAAAGGACUGCUUUUGUCAUGCUACUUUAGCAGCUCUACUUCAAACCCUAAACAGGCUGGCAGUCGGCCUCACUUGGCAUCCCGGCAAGACAG